AUGUCCCCCCGUGUCACCCCUCGGGGAGAAAACCCCCAAAAAGGGGGAGAGGGUCCCCAAAACGGGAAGAGGGACCCCCGGAGGGGACGUUUGUCCCCAGGGGUGUCACAGCUGUCCCCGCUCCGUGUCCAGCCCCGCCUGGAGCUGGCCUGGGCCAUCAAGGCUCACCAGCACGCCCAGGUCUACUUCAACCUCAUCUCCUCCGUGGACCCCAAAUUCCUCAACCUGACCAAGGUGGACGACCGGAUUUACGAGGAAUUCCGCCGGAGCUUCCGGGACCUGCGUGUCGACCUGCUGGACCCCGAGGAGCUCAAGUCGGAGCCGGCCAAGGCGAAGUGGCGCCCGUUCUGUCUCCGCUUCGAGGGGGUGGUGGAGGAUUUCAACUACGGAACGCUGCUGCGCCUGGAUUCCCGCCGGGAAUACACCGAGGAAAACACCAUUUUUGCCACCAGGAUCCAAUUCUUCGCCAUCGAAAUCGCCCGGAACAGGGAAGGCUGCAACGACGCCGUUUUCCGCAGGGAAAACAGGGAUGAAGAUCGGGAUAAAGAUCAGGAAUUUGGGAAAGGAUGAGGGGGGCAGGAACCCCCAGCCUGGAUUUUUGGGGGGCAGGAGCCCCCAGCCCCGCUCCAGGAUCAUUCCCAGGGUUUGGGAAAGCUCUGGAAGUUCGGAGGGGCUGCGGCUCCUCCUGCUGUAAAUAAAUAUUUUAAAAUCCCAA